GGCGAUGCUGCUGCGGAGGGUGGGCCAGACUGGUCAGCGAGCUGCUGGUGUUGGCUGCAGUUCCUCAGGCUUAGAAUGGAAAGAGUGAAUACGUGAGAUUGUCUGGCCAUGGGAAGGAGAAGAUGCCUGCUCCAAGUGUGCCAGUGCUGGCAGCAAGAUCAGUGGAUCUCUUCUAUUCCAGGAGACAUGGAGGUCUAUUUGUGGUUGGAGCUACCUGACUAGAUAAAGUAUAGCUCAGUCUGCUAUGACAGUACCUCCCAUGAAGAAGACUGCCUGAUGGCUUAGUUUGCUCUGAAUGUAUCACAUUAUCAGAUAAGCCUUUUCAUGAAAUUAAAAACCAAAAGCAAUACUUUUCUGGUUUCUGGGUUUGGCUUGGAAUUUUUUAUCCCUUCUUUGUCAAUUCAGUUUCAGGAAUAGAUUGAAGAAACCAUGGCCAAUCAACGGGAUUACAUUAGCAGACCUAUUUGCAAUGGAAUUUCUGUACCUGAAAAUAAAAUCAAUUCCUUAGUGGCUGAAGGUCAUGGACAACAAAUUCUAAAAGUACUACAGAAGUUCAGAGAACAAAAUAUAUUUUUUGACUUUAAAAUUCUUGUGAAAGAUGAAAUAAUUCCUUGUCAUCGUUGUGUACUGGCAGCGUGCAGUGAUUUUUUCAGAGCCAUGUUUGAAGUUAAUAUGAAAGAACGAGAUGAUGGCAAUGUUACUAUUAGUAAUCUAUCACCCAAGGCAGUGAAAGCUUUUCUUGAUUAUGCUUACACAGGAAAAACAGAGAUAACAAAUGAUAAUGUGGAAAUGCUCUUCCAACUGUCGUCAUUUCUUCAAGUUUCACUCCUUUCCAAAGCUUGCAGUGACUUUCUAAUAAAAAGUAUUGAUCUUGUGAAUUGCUUACAGUUGCUUUCUCUAUCAGAAAGUUAUGGUUCCGUCCGCUUAUUUGAUCAUGCGCUAGAUUUUGUACAGCACCACUUCUCCUUGCUGCUCAGAUCAAGUGAUUUUUUGGAGAUUAAUUUUGAGAUAUUACAAAAAUGUCUUGAGGCUGACGAACUAAAUGUCCCUGAGGAAGAAUCAGUGUUGAAAGCUGUCCUUCAGUGGACUAAACACAACUUAGAAACACGACAGAAAUAUCUGCCAAAUUUGAUUAAAAAAGUGAGACUACACCAGUUACCUGAAAAGACUUUGCAGGACUUUCUACAUUCUGAAGAACACUUACUUAAGAGUGCUAAUUGCUCAGUAAUAAUCAAUGAUGCAAUUAAAAGUGUGCAAAACUUUAGUGGACUGUUUCCAGAUGCACGUCCUUCAACAACAGAAAAAUAUAUAUUUGUUCAUAAAACUGAUGAAGAUGGAGAAAACAGACAUACAUUCUGCUACAACAUCAAAACAGAUAAAUGGAAAGAACUACCACACACGCACAUGAUUGAUCUUCCAGGGUCAAGUUUAUCUAGCUAUGGAGAAAAAAUAUUUCUAACUGGAGGAUGCAAAGGGAAUUGUUAUAGGACUGUCAGGCUUCAUAUUGCUGAACCAUUUCAUGAUGCCACUGACCAAACCUGGUGCUACUGUCCAGUCAGCAAUGAAUUCUCCAUAGUGUCAGCUAUGAAAAAACCAAGGACAAUGCACACAUCUGUUGUAACCUUAAAUCAGCUGUUUGUAAUAGGUGGAAAGACCAGAGGAGCUCAAGAAACCCGAAGUCUUUUGGAUGUAGAAUCCUAUAAUCCUCUUUCCAAAGACUGGAAAUCUAUAAGCCAAUUGCCAAGAGGUAUCUACUAUCCAGAAGCAAGUGCAUGUCAGAAUAUAAUUUACGUCCUUGGCUCAGAAGUAGAGAUUACUGAUGCCUUUAAUCCAUCUCUUGACUGUUUCUUUAAGUAUAAUGCUAUGACUGAUCAGUGGUCUGAGCUUGUAGCAGAAUUUGGGCAAUUUUUCCAUGCAACUCUAAUCAAAGCUGUUCCAGUGAACUGUACAUUGUACAUAUGUGAUCUCUCCACCUACAAGGUCUACAGCUUUUGCCCAGAAACCUGUGUUUGGAAAGGGGAAGGAUCUUUUGAAUGUGCUGGCUUUAAUGCAGGAGCAGUUGGGACAGAAGACAAAAUUUAUAUAUUAGGUGGUGAUUAUGCUCCAGAAGAAAUCACAGAUGAAGUUCAAGUCUACCACAGUAGUAGGUCUGAGUGGGAAGAAGUUUCACCAAUGCCAAGAGCCUUAACUGAGUUUUACUGUCAGGUCAUUCAGUUUAAUAAAUAUAGGGACCCCUGGUCAUCUGUACUGACAAUUUGCUCUGGAGAAUUUUGAAAUUCCUGAUUCAAAAGAAUCUGUUUAAAUGCACAAGUUUUAGAACGGAUUUUUAGGUAUUAAUUUACAGAUGGAAAAAUAUGUACUGUUUUGUUUAAAUCUUCAGUUUAAAUUGUAUGCUAUAGAAUUGCUUUUGGAAGAGCCCAUUAAAUUGUCAUUUAUGCUAGUCAUUAUAUAGAAAGUAUUACUUAAUUUUAUAUGCAAGUCUUCUCUGUAAUUAUCUGAAUAAUUUGCAAAAUGAUACUGCUUUUCAAGAAAGCAUAGUCAUGAGGAAUUCAUUGUGUAAUAUGUGCCAUUAUUUCUGUAAUAUUCACAGUUGUCCCAGUAGACAAAUUGCUGAGUGAGAAAACUGACUGUGAUACUGUUUUCCCUAUGUA